AUGGAAAGAUUAGCUCAAUUGGCAUUACACUCAACUUCGGCUGUCGGCGCCCCACCAGCUCCAGCUCACCCAUUAGAUCCCUUGACUCCCCAAGAAAUCAAAUCGGUAUCCACCCUUGUUAAGGAAAAGUACAGCCGAAGCAACAAGUCUCUCAACUUCAACACUAUUACUUUGAGAGAACCAAUCAAGAGAGCUUACUACGAGUGGAAGGAGAAAAGUGGACCUAAACCACCAAGAAUAGCAUAUUUCGUUAUUGUUGUUGAUGGUGAUACCGGUGUGCACGAAGGCUUGGUUGAUAUUGGUGCUCAACAAAUUAUUGAAAUGAAACACACCGAAGGAGUUCAACCAAUCUUGACACCACACGAUUUGCAAAAAACCGAAGAAAUUGUUCGUCACGAUCCUGAAGUGAUUAGACAAUGUGAAUUAAGUGGGUUACCUCCCAACUCCAUGGACAAGAUUUACUGUGAUGCUUGGACUAUUGGUUACGAUGAGAGAUGGGGGUCAUCAAAGAGAUUGCAACAGGCUUUGAUGUACUACAGAUCAGACGAGGAUGACUCUCAUUAUUCUCAUCCAUUUGAUUUCUGUCCUGUCGUUGAUAUGAAUGCUGGUAAAGUUAUCUACAUCGAUAUCCCCCAAAAGAGAAGACCAUUAUCAAAGUUUAAACACUCAAGUUUCCAUCCAAAACACAUUGCUGAAAAGUUUGGUACAAAGGAGAACCCAUCAGGUUUCAGAAACGACAACAUUCCGAUCAACAUUACUCAACCGGAGGGAGUGUCAUUCAAAAUGGAUGGACACGUCAUGUCAUGGUCCAACUUCAACUUCCAUAUUGGGUUCAACUACCGUGAAGGUAUUGUUUUGAGUGACAUGACCUACAAUGAUCAUGGAAAUGUCAGACCUUUGUUCCACCGUAUCUCCCUUUGUGAAAUGGUGGUUCCUUAUGGUUGUCCUGAUUUCCCUCAUCAAAGAAAACACGCUUUGGAUAUCGGUGAAUAUGGUGCUGGUAACUGUACCAACCCCUUGGCGUUAGGUUGUGAUUGUAAAGGAGUUAUUCAAUACAUGGAUGCUCAUUUCCCAAACACAAAUGGUGACGCAGCUACUGUUAGAAAUGCUAUUUGUAUCCAUGAAGAAGAUGACGGUUUGCUUUUCAAACACUCUGACUUUAGAGAUGAUUUCCAAACCACUGUUACAACCAGAGGAAAGAAGUUGAUUAUUUCUCAAAUCUUUACUGCUGCCAACUAUGAAUACUGCAUUUAUUGGAUUUUCAGACAAGAUGGAACUAUCAAAUUAGAAAUCAGAUUGACUGGUAUAUUAAACACCUUUGUCUGUGCUGAUGAUGAAGAUAUUGGACCAUGGGGUACCAAGGUUUAUCCAAAUGUCAAUGCUCACAACCAUCAACAUUUGUUCUCAUUGAGAUUGCACUCAAGAAUUGAUGGUGACAAUAACUCGGCUGCUACAAGUGACGCUAGACCUUCGCCAUUCCCAACUGGAUCAAAUGAAAACAUGUACGGUAAUGCAUUCUAUUGUGACAAGAAAACCUUCAACACAGUUAAAGACGGUAUUACUGACUUUGAAGGUGCCACAGCCAGAACUUGGGAUAUCUUCAAUCCAAACUCUAUCCACAAGUACUCUGGAAAACCAGCAACUUACAAGUUGGUAUCAACCUUUUGUUCACCAUUGUUGGCCCAACCUGGUUCAUUAGUGAGAAAGAGAGCACCUUGGGCUGCCAACCACACACAAGUUCUCCCAUACAAGGAUGAAGAGCACGGGUACGGUAUGUUGUACCCUUCAGGUGAACACGUAGCCCAAUGGAGUGGUGAUGGACCAAGAGGUAUGAGACAAUGGAUUGGCGAUGGUUCGGCAAACAUUAACAAUACCGAUAUCGUGUUUUUCCACACUUUUGGUAUUACUCACUUCCCAGCCCCAGAAGAUUUCCCAGUGAUGCCAACCGAAAUCUUUGAUUUGCAAUUGAGACCAAGAAACCUUCACACGGAAAACCCAGUAUUGGAUGUUAAACCAUCGUAUGCUAGAACUACAUCCGAAGUUAAAGCUGGUGCUGCUGGUGUUGACACCUGUAGUUUGAAUGUCGAUAAGUCAUCGAGAUUGGCUACUGAAUGCUGUAAAAAUGUGAAAAAAAUGAAAAUCGCAAAGAUCAUCGCUGCUUCUGCCUUAGAACAACAUUCCCUCACUACCUUGAUCCAAAAUCCCAUUGCCAUGAAAUACGUGAUAGAACACAUGGAGGAAGGAUUCUCGGAAUGGGUCAUAUUAGAAUAUUCACAAAUCAUCAAAGAUGUGGGCAAAGAAAACCUCAUUCUUACGUCCCUUCCACCAACAACUACUGAGAAGGACAUUCCCCAAAGAUUACUUGACCUUGGAAUCAACUGGACUACAAAAGAAUGUGUAGAUUUAGAAGAAGGUGGGUUGAAAAAGGAUGAAGUAUGUUUACUUGACCCUGCUGCCAAGACUGAUUUAACUCCGCAAGACAAGUCGCAAUUCAAAUAUUUUGUUUUUGGCGGUAUAUUGGGCCAGCAUCCACGGAUAGAUCGUACCGGAAUACUACGUGAAAAGUAUGGAUUCGUUGGAAGAAGAUUAGGAUCUUUGCAAAUGACUACCGACACAGCUGUUCGAACUACGCAAAGAAUUAUUGAAGAUGGAGUAGAGUUUAACAAUAUUAAAUUUUUGGAUUAUCCUGAAAUUAAAUAUAAUAAAUACGAAUCUACCGAGAUGCCGUUUAGAUAUAUUGUUGAUGAUAAUGAUGAACCUAUUUUACCUGAAGGUAUGUUGGAGUUAAUCAAACAUGAUGCAGACCAAAGUAUUGACGACUUGUUGCUUAAUUAA